GACUGUGGGGUCUGGCUCUGUUAGAGCAUCCAGGAUGAUGGUGGGGUGUGUGGCUGAAGAUGAAUCAGAACAGUGCACUCAGCAGCCAGGUUGCAAGAGCGUUGCAUGUCCCUCAGGGAUCGACUCCAGCCAAGUGCCCCUGCCUCCUUUUCUGGAGCAUUCGGGUUUUGACUUGGGCCCCAUGUCCAGUUCUGCCUUGACUUGCAGGUCCACCUGAAAAUCAGGAGACAUCUGGGAAAUGAAAGCACUAGGCUCUUCCAGACUUGUUCCAUGGCUACCCAGAGGCCUUGGGUCACCCACCCAGCAUCCCAACAAACCCCACUGUGUACCAGCAUUAUGCCAGGGUCCAGGUAUUCUGCCAGGAGCAGCCUCUGCCCUCCUAGAACUGACAUUUCAUGGGGAUGUGAACCAAAGCGAGACCUGUCAGAGAUAUUUACAAACAGCCAUCUCUCUUGACAUUGCUGCAUCCCAAAUAAAUCUGGGAAGACCUUCUUCACCUCUAGCUCUCCUGAUACAGCAAGGCAGUUGUGAGCAAGUUAUUCAUAACUCCACACCUCAAUUUCCUGAUAUGGAAGUUGGGGAUAAUGAGAGGACCUGUGCCACAGGAUGGCUGUGGAAGCUGUACGAGGAUAUAGGUGCUGAGCCCGGCAGCACAGGGUGCAGCCAUUCAAACCAACUGACAUUUAUUGAGGGCUUUGUCAGGUCCCUCUCUACAGUAUACUCCAACACAGCUGUAAUCAAUGAGAAUCCUAUGAAAGUCUGGCAGCUGUUUGUCUGGGCCUUUGCGUGUGCUAUGUUCUCCCUUCCACCCUGGGGGUGACUCGUAGCCAUUCCUUUCUGCAUCUUCUUAGACAUCACUUUUUCCAAGAAGCCUCCCUGUUGCACCA